AUGGCUGUGGUCGAGAAGUGCGUGGCUAGCACAGGACGGCCGAGCUCCGUGGUGAUCGGCAAGCUUCGGGCGACGGCCAUCAUUGGGGACAUCUCCUUAGCCGGGUCGUCCCUGCCCCGGCCCGCCAGCGUCCGGGCCACUGCCUUCACAGAGAUUCUCCGGAUCCCAGCCGCCGCCGUACUCUUCGUGGCGGGAAGAUAUCCCGGCGCUCUGGGCGGCAUCGCUUACCGGCUCAAAGAGGUGGGAAACAAUCUGCAGAUGCGGCUGCCUAUGCGAUCCGAGGUGAUCGAGAGCCUCGAUGUCUUCGCGGGCACGGAGGAGAGCUUCAAGAAAGAGGUCUUACGAGACUUCGAGACGUAA